AUGGCUUUAAAUCAAGAGAUGUGUGAUAUUUACAGAUUAAAUAAUUUACAUAAAAAUGAGUUUAAUUUAAAGUUUGUUGUUAUUGGUGAUUUUGGAGUUGGUAAAACUUCAAUAAUAAACAGAUAUGUGGAUGGCGAAUUUUCACAAAAAUACUGCAUCACCAUUGGUGCUGAUUUCAGCUUAAAAACAAUUGAGUGGGAUGAUGACACAAGAAUUUUUUUGCAACUGUGGGAUAUUGCAGGACACGAAAAAUUUAGCAGUUUGACUGGAGUUUUUUACAGACACUCAGUUGGUGCAGCAAUAGUUUUUGAUUUAACAAGACCGGAAACUUUUAAUUCAGUACCCCAGUGGUUGAAUGAUUUGAGAAGAAAAACCCAACUGCCAGAUGGAAAAAACAUUCCUGUGGUAAUUUUAGCAAAUAAAGGUGACAUGACUGUGGACACAAUGCCACAAGAAAUUACAGAUUUUUGUGAAAAUAAUAAUAUACUAGCUUGGUAUAUAACAUCUGCCAAAAGUAAUAUACAAAUAGAUGAAGCCAUGAUACGAUUAAUAAUGGAAUCAUUAAACCCAAUAGAAAUUGAAUACACCAAGGUUGACAACAAUAUCAUAAAAUUAAAUGAAACAAAAAAAACUUCAAAACCAUUUUGGAAGUGUUUUAACACAUGA